CGUUAUAGAAUACUCCACGCUUAUAGCGCCGAGGUUCAAGCAUCAUGGCCUCCAAAGGAUGCUUGCAAUCUGUAAGCUACAGUGUCUCGAGCCCGCUAAGGGAGUUACGAUUGCAACCACAUUUCCUAAUGUCAAUUUGCUGUUGCCCUUCGCGUCCCAAUUUGGUGAUCUUUUUUUUUGCUAGGUAUGCGCUAUGCAACCUAUUGGAACGAGUACAGUAGAUCGCACAGGAAGACGGUUAUAAAGCACUGUGCACUCUGAUAGACCGGAGUUAGUUCGGAACUGUAAAAUGAUGUAGCUGUAUCAGGCGCGUGUGGAAAGUGAAAUAGUAUUUGCAGUGCAUUUGCAGGUCGCGAAUAACUAGAUAAAAGCAAGAGGAACGGAGAGCUAUGUAAAUGUAAGAUAGUGACUUUAAUAGAAUCGUUCAUUGUUGAUGUGUUUAUUUGCAAGCGUUUGAAACCCAUCUUUCAACCUUCAUGCGUACCUGACAUGUUGUAGGUUCCAGUGCCCCCACGAUGACACCUCCGUCGGUGCAAGCGGAAGGAUUGAGGGGUUCCGAAACGGAUGGCGCCAAGCUAACGACGGCGGUCGGGGGGCGGCUCAGCUACCUGACCCGCACGGACGAACCGAGCGUGGAUGUCAGCCGGUGGGACAUACUGCUGACGGCCAUCUCGAUCCUGUUCCGGCUGGUCAGCAUCAGUCUGACCGUGCUGCUGUCCUGCGAGUACUACCGGAACGGGCGCACGGUCUACUUCGCCCUGACACUGGUCGGGCUGUUCGUGCCCGGCAUCAUCACCUCGCUGCUCAACCUGCUGAUGUACCUGGACGACGCGCGCCGAAACCGGCGGGACCGGCAGCCCUGCUGCAGCACGCUGCUCUGUGUCGUGGUGGUGCCGUUCUGCUGCCGCUACUGGCACUCCCUGCGCCUCUCGUACGCGUGCUACCGUGCCAAGCACCGGCAGGACUGGGCCGCCCAGAAGCGAACGUACGAGCUGCUGGUGCAGGAGGACAGUGACGUGGCGCUGCUCCGCAUCUUCGAGUGCCUGCUGGAGGUAACGCUGCAGAAGAUACUGCAGCUGACGAUCGUCCUGUCGACCGGGCCGGUCACCGUCCUGCAGAUGCUCUCGAUCGUGAGCGCCAUGGGCAGCAUCGCCUGGUGCAUGGCGUCCCACUACCGGUGCGUCCGGUUUGCCCGGCUCGACAAGCGGCACAUCCCCUGGUCGGGCACGAUCGUGCACAUCGCGUGGCAGUUCUCCGUGACGGUGGCGCGCGUGCUCGCGAUCGCCACCGUCGCGAGCGUGUUUCCGCUCUACACCGCCGCCGCCUGUGCGGUGCACGCGCUCCUAAUGGCGACGUGGGUGUUUUGCUACGAGCGGCCCCGCUUUUGCGGCGACUCUAUUCCCCAGCGUGCCCUGCUGUCCUGCGCCUUCGGUGCGGUGUUCAUCUUCAACUACAUCCCGCUGCAGGAAGGCACUACCCGGCUGCGGUACACGUUCUUUUACGCCGUGUGCUUCGUCGAAACCGUUGCGGCCAGCGCACUGUACGGGACGUUCGUGCGCAACCCGACGAUCCGCCAGUCGGUGCUGUGGACCGGUCUGCUGACCUGCUUCCCGAUCGCCACGUUCCUGGUGGGGAUUGGCCUGAUGCUGGUGUUCUAUCGCUACUGCCAUCCAAACAUUAUCUCCCGGCAGCUGCAGUCGCGCACGGCGGCGGCAGCCGCGGAAUGAGCGACACUGCGCGGACACACAAAGCAAACCGCAAACAACCAAAGAUACCACACUGCCAGUGGAUCGAAUGGAUUCCAACCGCGAAGACUGACAUACUGAAAUUGAAUAGUUUUUAAAAUUAGAGAUUUUUGUUUUUUUUUUCUUUCCAAGAUGCAACGCUGGAAAGUGAAAAACAGGAACCGAACAGUUCUCCUUUGUACACAUAUCGAGGGGAAAGCCCGAAUGGGAAUGAAUAGUAUUAUAUUUAGUAAUCGACUGUAGAACAAUACUGUUAGACAUAGAGCUAUGUUUUUAGAGAGUAAGUAUUUUUAUUAAUAUAUUUUGUUAAUAUUUCGAUGAUAAAGAAGCGUUUUAAAUAAACAAGUCGUUUACAUUAAA